AUGAAAGAAAAUUUUGAACGUAUAGAUUCAACACAGCUGGUAGGAUGUGUGUAUCCUCCUAAUGGUGCCAUAAUUAGACCGGUCUUUUUUGAAAUACUUCUCGACCCAUUUCUACUAAUAGGUUUGAAUGAAUCGUUCAUUGACAUUUUGAGAGCCGAAAUAAGAAAUUAUGCACGGAUGUUACUGGAGGGAAUGACUAAGACUUGCGAGAUGGAAGAAUUUCAGGAUUAUAAUUACUUUGCUACGUCAAUUGAGGCUAUUUUGCAAAGGCUUAAUAAGGAUUUCAACAAAUCUCCUCGUAAGGAUACGAUAUAA